GAAGAGCUUCCUGGUCUGCCUUUUCCUUCCUGCCCCACAUGGGCUCCUUCCUUGGGCAAAACCCCAUCUUUUCUUGGCUGGCACUCAUGGCACUGUUCCUGGAGGUGAGGCAGAGGACCCAGACAGGGCUUCUCAUUAUCAGAGAACUGAAGCUGGAAAGCUGGCCUGUGGAUAUUACUGUGAUGCCAUCCUUAAUAGAGCUUAAAACUGGUGAAGACUGCAAGGCACUGAAGCUUCCACAAGAGGUCAAACUUGUUCCUUCUUCAUGUCGUGGACUGCAGUAUGUGCCUGGUGAUGGCUUACAUAUGAGAUUUCUAGUUCAAGCAAGUUUAAAUACAGAAAUGCUGCCAACUGUUGGUGACAGUCUUAAAUCCAAAAAGCGCUUCACCUUUUACUGCCAGACUUGUGGCGAGAGUAUAAUAAGUGAUCAGACCUUUCUUAGAGUCCUUUCCCUUCCCAGUGAAAACUGGAGUGAUUUGGUGGACGAGUGGUGUUGUCACCCCAACCCCUUCAAUGAGAGUGCGUUUCAUCCACAAAAGAAUGACUGUUUUCUGGGACACAACUACUUCCUGAUUAAUCCAGGAAACGAGUCACCUGAAUCAGGAUUUCAAAUUUGUCAUUCAGAAUCUCAGGAUCCUUCUUCCAAAAACAGUGGCUCUGCCUCGAAUUCUGAGGCAAAUAGCAGAGUAAUUUGCAAGCGCUGCAGAACAUUGCUGGGAGAGGUUAUGCCCUCAGGUGUUACAAAAUACUAUUUCACUGAAUUGCUUGUUCAGCCAUCAGAAGACUGCUUCAACGCAAUACCAAGGUCUCUCUUUAUACAGAGUGCUGUAGCCCGGUGCCUUGUAGAGCUUUCUUCUUCUAGAAGCACAUUUAGAUUCAGCAUAGAAGGGACUGAUGGGGCAGUCUACAUCCUGAUCUGGCUACUAAAUUCUGACACUUUGCUGGUGGAAUCUUUGGGAAACAUUGCAUCCAGUGAGGAUUUUACUUUACUUGAACAUGCCAUGCCAUCUGAUUCAAGGCCUUCAAAGAUUCAGAAAGCUAUUAAACUUCUUUAUCAUCCCUGCAUAAAAAGCAGAAAUAAAGAUCUUUAUGAUACUUGGAGAAAUGACACUGGAGUACAUCCUCUAAGAUUUCCAUCAAAAACCUGUUUGGAUCUCCUGCUGAUACUGUCUCAGAGUACUGCUUCAUUGCCACCUUCCCUCCAAUGGAUGAAUUCUUUCCAGAGAUACUUUCUGUGACCUACUUGAGCAACUGUGAAAAAUGAUUUUGCCAUCCUUUCAUGACAGGGAAAUCUCAAAGAAGAGUUCAGAAGUAUCUUAGUUUAGGUAGUUCUGAUAGGAUGAGCAUUGUUUGUACUUGUCUCCCUAUAUUUCUCAUUUAUUUCUGUCUUCUUAAUGUGCAUGACCACUUGCUAAACAUAGGUAGAUACUUUAAAGGACAAUUUCCCCAAAACGAGAGUAAUGUGGAACAGAAAGCAAUCAAGAAGAUUUUUUUAAAAGGUACAAAGCAUAUUUGGUAAGUGUAGGAAUGAAGAAAAUCUUAAAAGAUUAUUUCUGUGACAAGAAGUUACUGUAAAUUGAUAGAAUUAUUAUUCAAUCAGCCCACAGACUCUACUUGCUCAUCCCUCUCUUAAGGGAAGAAAUGGUGUGUGUGUGUGUACCAAGACUGAAAAAUCUGUUUCCAAUUUCAAAAACAGUUAAAAUGUAAAGCUACUAUCUAGAAAUCCCAUUCUUUCUUCCAUUCUUCAUUUGGCUUAUCUCCUAAAGAAAACAAACUGAUGGUAGUUCCAACUCAUUUGAAUUCCCUCCCCUUGUGCCUGUGACCUGCCUGGUUUACUUGGAACAAGUCCUGUUGAUUUCAGUCAGUUCCAUAUUUUGGUGACUAUUAAGAUGAAUGUUUAGAACAAUGCUCAGAACAAUGGAAUUUUACCCGGUUUUAUCAGUGAGUCUGAAUGGAAGCUUAAAACACACAGCAAUGAAGUUUUUAAAAAUUUACAACAAUAAAUUGUUAACUCAUUGCCAGGAGCCCCAAGUAACUCAUGCAUGCUUUCUAGGGCUUGCAGAGGUAUGGAAGCCUAGGAAGUUCCUUGAUACAGAAUAUCUUUCUGAAAGCAAAUUAACUUGGCUGUACUGUACCUUAUUUUGCUCAAAGUCCACACAUAUAUGUGGCUAUACCCAAUAUUCUGCAAAUAGACCUUUGUGUUGGAAUAGUGGCAAGCUCUACACUUGAGUCAUUAUAAGGUUGGUAACCAUUAUCGGGUUAAUAUAGAGUUCCUGAGGGUAGAUGACUUUCACCUGUGUGUGUAUAGCUCUAAUUAAGUUUUCACCCUUAAUAAGGCUGGCCUUGUAGUGAGCUCUCUCUCUCCCUUUUGCUCACUCUAUCCUUAGCCUUUCUUUCUGUUGUAUUAUGCUUGUGUUAUGUAGUUUAUAUUAUUUGCUAUUUGUUAUUAUGUAUGCCAUUGUUAUGCUUUAUUUACUAUCAUUUGUAUAUAUGUGUUUAAUGUGAUUUUGUUAUACUGCUUUGUUACCCUUUUUAAGUAUUUAGAUAAAAACAUUUUAUACUACUUUGUCCCUUUAGUCUCUUUUCAAACCCAUUGUUACAACACUUUGUUCAUGCUAUAGAAUUUGCAUUGCUCUCCUCUUCCCCAACCCUCCAGAGCAGAUUGAAAGACCCAUGGCUGGUAGUCUGCAAAGCAAUUGGGAAUCCAUUCCUCCAGUGAUUUACAUUUUAGUGAUGGCUAGAUAGCUAUAGAUGCAACUUUUACUUUCCAGUAAUGAAUUCUUCCAUGCUAAGUCCAUUUCAUUCCCAACUAGAGUAGCCCACUGAAAUGAACAGGACCUUUUAGUCACCACUUGUAGCAAGUCCCAAUGAUUUCAGUAGGGCUCCUCUAGUUGAGAGUAAAACUGGAUUUAGCACUUACUGGUAGUCUUCUGUGUUGCUCCCAUCUGCACCCCCAUUUGCACCAUGCUUUUCACUCCAGUUUCAAUUUACUUAUUUAUUAAAAUUAGUUAUAUGCUGCUUUUCCCCUGGAGAGGCCAAGUUUAUUACCCUAUCAUAGGGCUUUCUUGGCAAGAUUUGUUCAGGGGGCUUGUCUUUCUCUUCCUCUGAGGCUGAGAGAGUGUGACUUGCCCAAGGCCACCCCAGUGGGCUUCAGAUCCUGGGUUCCAGAGUCAUAGUCCAGUGCUCAAACCACACUGAUUCUCUUCCUAAAACAAAUACUUUAAAAUAUAAGAAUAAAAACAUAUUGAAAGAGUGCAAAAAGUAAGAGAAAAUGCCAGAGGGGAAAAUAUUCCAGCGUUAGAGAAAGGUAAGAAUUAGAUUCCAAGACGGUGUCAGUCAUCUUAGAAUAUAGCAGUGGAAGAUGGCUAUAUUCCACUUUCCCCUUCUGUUGGAAGAUGCAAGGAACCAUUCUGCCUUGUCAUUUGCUCCCAGGGUAACUGAAACAGAAGUUAGCAGAAGAAUGAAAAGCAGAAGAGCUGUUUACUAUGAGGAAGGGGACCAAGUGGAGCAUUAGUUAAUUUUAACUUUUUUCCAAACUGCUUACAUACACCACAUGCUCUGUAGCCUGGUCUUCUUUUUGUCUGCUGCAGUUUAGAUCACUUGAUAUACAUGCACACACACACUGCUCCAUUUGCUUCAUUAGCUGAGACUUGCCGAUCUUUGCAGUAAUUGCUGGACUACAAAAGCAAACAGCAGCUGGUGUUGACUAGGAAAAUCUUGAAUUCUGUGGAGGCUUUUGGAAGUCUACUCUUUAAAAGCAAAGAUACUGUAGAACAGGAGCACUAAAGUUCUUUGGCAAGAAAGAAAGUUCUUCAGAAGAAACACCCAAGUUUAGGUUUAGAUGUGGUAGCUGAGAUGAAAAGUCGAAAUGACACUCCUCCACUGUUCCCUUUUUAAUGGAAGGUGAGCUAAGAAAAUGGUGCCCAUCUGCAAUCUGUCAGUAAGGCUAGCUCUGUAUCAACCUUUAUGCACUCGUCUCACUGUUAUUCCAAGUGAGGAUGGAAAAGGAAGUGGUUAUAAUUGAAUGUAAGGCAGUGUGGCAUAGUGGUAAGAGUGCUGGACUACGACUCUGAAGAUCAGGGUUUGAAUGGUUCAGGCAUGGAAACCAACCGGGUGACUUUGGGCAUGCCACACUCUCUCAGCCUCAGAAAAGGGCAAACCCUCUCUGAACAAAUCUUGCUGAGAAAAUCAAUGAUUUUUGUCUAGGGUCUGCCAUAAAUUGGAAACGAUGUGAAGGCACGCCACAAUAACAAGGCAUAUUGUGAGCAGAAAAAAAGAAAAAAA